AAGAUUCAGCCUUUACCCCGAACGCGUUCUAUCGCGCACCGUCCCGCCGCCGCCAUCAGAUCUCCAGGCACCGCGCUCGAAACAAGCUUCGACCCUUGCUAACGAGCCCCACUCUCGCCCACCACAGCUUCCAUCGCCGGGGUCAGCGCCAUCGCCAAAAGAUACUGCCAGCUGAAGGCAUUGCUUUUGCAGCUUCAGGGUCCUGUGGGAAUACGUCAUAGGUCCCUGGAAAGCUGACAGGGCUUCGGGCGUUUGUUGUACCGCGGCGCUUCCUUAUUUGAUCCGCGACGCUGCCUUGCGGCUCAGCCCAGCCCAGGCUGAGCGUUGUUUCAGCUGAACGGCGGAGCCUUAUCCAUAACACGUACAGAAAAGACGAGCAAUAACCUAGGAACACCCUUCUGCAUCCGCGUCCACAAUGACAGCCUCCGACUCGACGCCCAUCUCCCCGCCGACCGUCUCGACCACCACUGCCCCUCCCGCUCCCGCGCCCGCACCCUCAACCAACGCCGAACCGCCCAUCUCGCCCGUCAGCCGGACGGGAUCUUUCCCGCACAAGACGAGCCCCGCGGUGGCGACGCGCACGCCCUUCAUCGACACGGAUACACCGCCCAUAAACGAGGCGCCCGUGGAGUUGGACGGCGCGCCGACGACGCCGGACGAGGCGAAGCGCAGCAGGAAGGGCAGUAUGAUUAGUCCCGGCUUGGGCGAGGAGGAUGAGAUCGAGGAGGAGUUUUUGGGGGAGCCUGGGGAGAGGGGCGUGGGGAGGGAGGUGCGGGAGAAGCGAGCGGCUAUGCUGGCGAGCAGGAGUAAAGACCCCGGCGUCAUCGUUGAUCUACCCAGCUAUCCUACGGCGGAGGAGGUCGAGGCUGCGAAGGCGACAGAGGGCGCUGUCACGCCGGCGUUGCCGGUGCCGGGUUUGGAGGAGGGGAAGCCAUCGGGGAGGUGAUCGCCCUGGUCUCUGCCACAGGCACUGGCACACGGGAACCCGCGAGUGCUGGCGUUGAAGUGAUCUGCGGCAUUCAUGACGAUGUAAAG